AUGUCAAUUGCAGAUUUUGCAGAGAAAAUUUAUGUUCAACUAGAAAAAUUGAAUUUACAUUCAUCAAGCAUUCGUGUAGAUAUUUCUGAGAUUAUUGAUUUUGCAUUUAGAAUCCAAGUAUGUUAAAUUUUUGUAAAAAAAUUAGUCUGAGAAAGAUAAUAUUGAAAAAAAACUUUAAAUAGAAAUUGAUAGAUUGAUAAUUCAAUUAUAAUAGAAAUAAAAAUGCUUAUUACACUAAUCAAGUAUUUUUUUAAAUCAACAUAAGAAUAGGUGAUCUUUGAUUUUGAUAAGAUAGAACUUCUUCUUUAUGAAAAAAAUGAAUACAAAAAUUUGCAUGAUUGUAUUGAUUUUAUAAAAGCAUGCAAAAUGAAUUUUUAAAAACUUAAUUUAUCUAAUUUAGAUUCAGAAAAACAUUCAGAUGAUGGUAAGUUGUAUUUGAAUCUAUUUUAGCCUUUUUAUGUUCAAAUUCAUCAAAUAUGCAAAAAACUAUUUUAUAUGCCUAAGAGAAUAAAAAAUUACAAGAAAUCAUACAAAAUAUAAAUAAGAGUUAAAUAUCAUUAAGUUAAAAAGAACAAUUAGUCUACAACUUAAUCAAAUCAUAAACCAAAACAUUGUCUCCUAAAUAGCAUGUUAUUUUAGAUGUAAUUUCCAUUUAAAAUAUUGUAGGAUGUACUUAAUAUUAGUGAUUAACUUAAUAAUAAAAAAGUGAAUUAAAGUAUUUUAUCAAGCAUUUAAUUUCCUGAUUAAAUUAAUACAAAUAAUACUAAACUUAAUAUACUUGGAUAAAAUAUUUUGCUGCUUACAAAUGAAGGAUUUUAGGAUUGUGCUUCUCCCAAAUUUUAAUUCUCAUCAUUAAGUCCUAUAAAACCAAUCUAAGAGAAUAAAGAUAGAUCUCAAAAAUCACUUAGGUCAUCUUUUAUUAUAAAUUCAUUUUAAAAUACAGAAAUUAAGCCUUAAUAAAAAGUUAUCAUUCCAAGAAUUAAAAUUGAAAAAUUAGAUGAGCUAAAAGAAAAAGAUGAUACAGAUUACAAAGAAAUGAAUAGAAAAUAUGUAAGUUUUGAUUCUUAGGAUAAUAAUAAUAAAUCAAACCAUAUGGAUACUAACAAAAAGAAAAAUUGCAAAUAAUUAAGCUUAUUUGAAAAGCAAUCAUUCUAUGAUAAAAGUACUUUCUUAAAUAUUGUUUCAAAUAUUACCAGAAGUAAAGAAACUAAAGAUACAGAUAAUAGAAGAAGCGAUUCUUAAAAAUCAAGAGAAAGGAAUCAAACAUUUCAUUGUGGAUAACCAUAAUAAAGUAAAUUUCUAAAGGAAUUAAUGCAAAAGGUUUAUUCUAGAAACAAUCCAAUCAAUAGACCUUAUAAAAUAAGUGAUUUCGAAAAAAAAUAAUUAAGUCUUUUAAGUAAUUCAUUAACAUUUAUUUAGUUGGAAACAAUAAAAAAUAAAAAUCAUUGCAUAAUUGA